GAAAAGUGUGCCAAUGAUGACUAUCACAGAGCCAGACAACUGGGAGAUUAGUUCAUGUUCAGGUAUGAAGUAUGGUCAGUACGUGGAAUGGGAGAAGAUUGAUCCUGAGGCUGCCUUGCGUUAUGGGAAGAUGCUGGAGAGUGACCUUCACGAGCUCAAGUCCAUGGGUCGCACAGGAUUCUGGGCUAUGCCACACACCCUGAGGGCUAAAGCUUACGACCACAUAAUCAGCAGCAUUAGCACCCAUCAAGACGUCGACCUCUACCACCAGUCAACCGGGCAGCUUUUUGGGGAGCACAAGAUCAGCACGCAUCCAUUUCCAGUGUUCAUGGAGGACGGUGAAAUCCCCAGGUAUUGCCUCAACAAGGCCGGCCUGAACUCAGUCAAAAAGAUUCUGGUCUGCAUCAACAAGCAGUUCCCCGAGGUCACGUUCUGCCCCAUCCUCCCGGCCCUGGUCUCCCUCCUGCUCCACUUCAGCGAGGACGAGGCUCAGUGCUUCCACAGCAUCUGCAGCCUGGUGAAUUACACCGAUCCAGCCAAGCGCUACAUCGACCAAACCUUCCACACAUCCAGGGCCUCAUGCAUGACCUUUGGGGACUUGGCCAACAGGUACUGCCGCGGAAUCCGUAAGCUCAUCGCCAGCUCCCACCAAAACCUCUUUGAGUUCUACUCCGACUGGAUCAUGUGGAUCUUUGCUGACCUGCCCUUCACCUAUGCCAUCAGAGUGCUGGACGUGUACCUGCAGGAGGGCUACAAGGUGCUGUACAGGGUGGCCCUGGCUCUGCUUAGCCUCUACAAGGUCUCUGUGGCCUCUCGAGUGGCCCACGUAGAUGAUUUUCGGAGGGACAUGAAAAGCUUUGUGGAGAACGUGUCUAGACACAUCACAGUGGAGCACCUGCUGAAGAAGGCAUUUGGAAUUCAGCUUCCCCCUCGAAAGGAGCUCCACUACCUCUUCAAUGCAAAUAAGGAUGCGCUUAUCCACAGAGGGAUCCUUCAGAGGUAAGG